AUGGAGCAGCAUCUUGAGGGAACGGUGGGCGGGCCUCUCGUGUGGGUGGACCAGCCCCCACUUGAGGAAGCGCUCAUGGCGGAGGCGCGCUGGGCGGAGGUGCACUACCGCUGGAACGGCCUCAUCACGCAGCAGCACGAGCACGCCCUCUAUUGGUUUGGGGAUUGGGAGCGUGAAAACGCCUCCUCUCUCCUCUUUCUACGCGCCCGCCCGCCCUCGCCGCUCGACGAGGGAAGCGUAGCAGGCGGGACCGCCGGAGGGGGCUGGCGGUGCGAGCGCUUGUUUGAGCUGCCUCGCCCUGCGCCGGGUGAAGUCGGCCCCUCUUGGCCACGCACUGCGCAGCAGCAGCAGCAGCCCGAAGCGGACAGCGACAACCGGGAGGAGGAGGAGGAGGAGGAGGCGUCCGCAGUCGUGCUCACUUCCACUUCCCAUCCCGACCGCGCGGUCGUUGUGGGAUCCGAUGGCCUUGGCCACCUCUUCGUCGCCGAUGUGGGGCGCGGCGAAGAGGCUGCUGAGCUGCAGGCGGCGGUAGAGGGCGGCGCAGGUCGGGUGGUGGUCUACGAGGACCUGGCCUGCCCCUCCCCGGGCGAGGAGGGAGGAGCCCUGGUGCCCCGCCCCUUUGUCGUCGUGGCCGCUGCCCUGUACCCCGGCGACCGGGAGCUUCUGGCUCUGGCCUACUACAUGACCCCCUCGCCCGCCACGGUCGAGCUGCACCACCAGCAGCACCAGCAGGCCAGAUGGCACCACCACCUGGUUCUGCUUUCCGUGACGGUGGUGGAAAGGCUGGUGGGCCUGCAUCGCCCCUACAGCGCCAGCUUUGUUGCUGAUGCCCGCGGCAUACCAUCCUCCUUCGUCCUGGUGAGCGAAGGAGUGUUCGGGCGUUCCAUCGACGCUGUCGCUCGCUUCUUACCCGGCCGCCCCGCCAUCUCGCCCUUGGUGCAGCUUCCCGGGGACCCAUCUCAGCCUUCGCCCCGACAAUCCCUGCAGCACUCCGGCGAAGAACAGCCGGACGAAGAGGACGAGGAGGAGAUGGCCGAAGCGAUCAACGCCCGCCUGGAGAUGGAGACUGAGGACAUCGACUUCUUUGGCUCCGAGUCAACGUAUGACGACGACGAGGAGAUCGCCGAUGUCCGGUCCACCCGAUCAGGCACGGUGGCGGGCGGGAGCACGGGCACGUGGGGUGUCUACCGAUACCGCUGCUUGCCCACACAGGAAGGUGGCGAUAGCCAAGCCGCGGUAGCCCUCACCCACCUGUACUCUCUGGGUGUCUUCCCCGUCAUGGGCGUUCAAGAUAUCUCCCCAACCGACAAGUACAUUCUGGCCAAGUGCGACGUGGACUGCCUGGUGUACAAGCUCUCCUUCGGCGGCCUUGUGCCCAUGAGCCUCGCUCAUGUGGACGUGUUUGCCGGGCUGGCCUACAUUGAGGCGGGCAAGCGGCACAAAAAGGCCACCCUCGUAUCUGCCACCCGCGCUCAUGCCGUCAUCUUGGAGGGUAGCCGCUUUGUCUAUGUCUACCACCACGCUGCCCCUGGGAGCACCAAGUCAGGGCACACCAUAGUGGAGGAUGAAACAGGAGAGGACAUUCUGGGCUGGCAGUUUGUGGGUCCACACCACCUGGCCUUCCUCACCAGAAGCAAACUUGAGAUCCACCCCCUCAUCUGA